UUACGCACACUUCCAGCCGCAGCUCCAGACGGGACUCCCACACUGCUGCUGCCUCUCCUCCAAACUUCAUCUCUUUUCACAACUUCUCACAUGUGUGCAAAGCGCAGACGCUGCAGAGCUGGCUGCAUGAGAGUUUCAUGGACUUGGAACGUGGAGAACUUUUAGCGGUGCUUUAUUGGAGCUCGUCGCCUCUAUAGUAACUGUGGAUUACUGACAUACCGCAGGACCUCUGGCAACUUUUAUUGGGUCUUCAUCGUGUCUGAGUCGAGAUGGGGAGCAAAGCCCUGCCUGCUCCGAUCCCCUUGCACCCGGCCCUCCAGCUCACAAACUACUCUUUCCUGCAGGCCGUCAACACUUUCCCGGCUGACCAGCUGCAGGGACUUUACGGCCUCAGCGCGGUGCAGACCAUGCACAUGAACCACUGGACUCUUGGUUACCCGCACAUCCAAGGACUGAGGUCGACGAUCACAGAAAUGGCAGCCGCCCAGGGUCUGGUGGACCCAAGGAUUCCCUUCCCGGCUUUGCCUUUCACAGCCGCGGCGCAACUUUUCCAUCCAAAACAAGACGCCAUUACGCACGGCGUGCCGUCACUGCACAAGGACAGGCCGAGGUUUGACUUCGCCAACCUGGCCCUGGCCGCCACACAGGAGGAUCCGCCGAAAGCUGCCGAUCUGGCCAAGUUGGGACUGGGGGGAGCCAUCUCCGAUCUGAGUAAACUUUCCCCGGACAGAAAACCCACUCGGGGCAGGCUGCCAUCCAAGACUAAAAAGGAAUUUAUUUGCAAGUUCUGUGGCAGGCAUUUCACCAAGUCGUACAACCUGCUUAUCCACGAGCGGACCCACACGGACGAGCGGCCGUACACCUGUGACAUCUGCCACAAAGCCUUCAGAAGACAAGACCACCUCAGAGACCACAGAUACAUCCACUCCAAGGAAAAACCGUUCAAAUGUCAAGAAUGUGGGAAGGGAUUCUGUCAGUCUCGAACUCUAGCCGUCCAUAAAACCUUACACAUGCAGGAAUCUCCCCACAAAUGCCCCACAUGCGGAAGAACCUUUAAUCAAAGAAGUAACCUGAAAACUCACCUUCUCACCCAUACAGACAUCAAGCCCUACAGCUGUGGCCGCUGCGGAAAGGUGUUUCGGCGCAACUGUGACCUGCGACGGCACAGUUUGACGCACAGCCCACAUCAAGACUUCUAGCGUGGACACACAAUCAAAGGACAAAACAAAGGAGGACGUUUGCUAUUGAAAAGACAACUCUCCAAAUCAGGACACGUUUACCGCUGCGCAUUUUCCCUCCUUGGGGAUUUGUUUGCGCCUCAAGUUGGACUGAAGCAGAGCAACGCCACCAAACUUUCACACCCCCUGUAAAUAUACGAACUGUGUAAAUAAUGCUGUUAUCCCCCCCCCCCCCAUGUUUUUUCCUGUUCUUGGUAUGAACAAGUUGUCAAAAGCCACCAUAAGUUUAAACUAUGUUAAAUUGUAUUUUAGAAAUAAAGCAAGUUAAAUAUUU